AUGACCUAUUCAGUCCUCCUGCUCGGCGCUACAGGCAAGGUCGGCCACAAAAUACAGAAAGAACUGACCCUCCAGAAGCAGCAUUUCUCGAGAGUGGCAUUUCUCCUUCCGCAGCCCAAUAUUGCUUCCGAUGAGGGAGUCGAGCACCCCCCUACCAUACUGGAACGCAUUUUCGGAUACCCUUCCGAUUCCGACUCCUAUAGAGGUUUUGAGAUUGUCAUCUCAGCGGUUGAAGAUGAGAUUUGUGCAGAACAAACAGAAUAUGCUGAGGCAGCAUUUGCUGCUGGAGUGAAACACUUCUAUCCCGCCGAAUAUGGUCCUAACCUCAACCAUCCUGACAUCAGAGACGAGCUGUACUUCGCCGACAAGCUGGCUUUGCGCAAACACAUUGAGGCGCUGGUCCAGGCUGAUACCUCCCUCGGCUUCACGUAUGUUAUGACAGGCGUCCUCUCAGAUUUCCUACUUGAAUCCAAUGUGUUGGGGUUGAACGUAGACAAAAGAUCGGCAACUUACUUUGGGAGUCCUGACGCUAGAGUCUCAACAACACAUAGCGAUGAUAUUGCAAAAUUCAUCGUUGCGAGUCUCUUACCGCACCACCUCCCCUGCCUCAACGCAAGGCGGCACUUGUGCUUUGCUGGCUCAACAUUAUCGAACCUCUCUCUCUUCGAUGCCAUCUCCUACGUCCUUCGCCGUCCCCUAGAUGUGACAUAUGACCCCCUCGAUGUAUCGUACGAAAAUAAGUCUCAGCCGAAAGCUGCAGGCGAUGAAGUCCGGCGCAGCUUUCGAAGAAGCCUCGGAUUCGGUGGAUUCGAGCUGAAAGAACAAGAAGUAGCUCAGAGUGGGAGGGAAUUCUGGCACGAGGUCAAACCAAAGGCCUGGGCACAAGUGGUGUAUGAAUUCUUCACGAGCAAGGAACGAGGAUCGGAGAUGAUCAAAUGA